AUGUAUGAUAAGUUGAAGAAAAGAUUUAAAGAUGGAGGUUUUAAUAUGCGCAAAUGGCAAACGAACAGCGACGUAUUGGGAAAGAAGAUUGCCAGCAUUGAAGGGUCUGAUACGACCAAGACAUGCGAGGAUUGGGAAGAAGAUCAGAGCUACUCGAAGACAGGUUUACCACAAGUGAAUCCUGAGGAAGAGUUCCCAAAGGUUCUCGGCAUAACCUGCAAUACAAAGAGCGACAAGUUGGUAUUCAGUUUUGACGGACUGACUAUUUAUCUGACAGAAGAAUCAGUUACAAAACGAAUUAUGUUAAAUUCAUUCGCUAAGAACUUCAUUAAGAACUUCGCUAAAUUCAUUCGCGACAAGAACAUUACCUGGGAUCAUGUUCUCGAAGAUGAGACAGCGAAAUCAUGGAAAUCCGGGUUGACAAAUAUGAAAGAAACCUCGACGGUCGAUUUGAAUAGAUGCUAUAGCCCUCAGAUUGAUCGAAAGGAAAUCAGAUCAGUAGAAUUACACGGAUUCGGUGACGCUUCGGAGAAAGCGUACAGAGGAGUAGUGUAUGUUCGUAUCAGAACAGGAACGCUUGUUUCGUGUCAACUCGUUGCAUCCAAGUCAAAAGUAGCUCCCAUAAGCGGAGAAACAAUUCCGAGACUAGAACUGUUAUCUGGGCUGGUGCUUGCAAGAUUUAAAAUGUCACAUAUUCGACGUGAACUGGAAGGAAAAUACAAGAUUGAUCGCGCUGUCUGUUGGUUGGAUUCAGAGAUUGCCCUGUGGUGGAUUGGGACUGGAAAAGAGUGUAAACUGUUUAUUCAAAAUCGUGUUGUAGAAUUUAGGAAGUUAAUGGAUUCGAAAUCGUGGCGUCAUGUGCCAACCGACCAGAAUCCCGCGGAUGUUCUUUCUCGUGGUUCACUUGGAUCGGAAUUGAAAGAAAUGCGUAGUUGGUGGUGUGGUCCGGACUUCCUGCAAGGUGACGAAUCUGGCUGGCGCCGAAGAAUUUCAAGUUUCAAGGGGAUAAUUUCGUAGAUCAAUUACUCGAAUUUGAAGAAGUACAAUCUGUGUCUACAACCUUGGUUCAGGAUGAGAAGUCAACUAUUGGCGAGUUAAUCGAUUGUCAGAAUUACAGCGAUUAUGAGAAACUCGUUCGUGUCACCUGCUACGUGGUUCGCUUCGUAAAAAUUGUGCGGAAAAUGAAAGAACACCGACCAUCAACCUUGGAGCUAGACGAAAUCGAAUUGUCCGAAGCAGAAAUUUUGUGGAUAAAAGACGCCCAGAGAUACUUUCCAGCAGAGCCUAAUUUCAACUCUAUGUGA